AGACGCGGAGCCGGCCGCCGACGUGUUGUACCGGAGACUGUGAUGACGUGUUUGACGUGUUGCCGCUACGCGCCGGCGGUCUGACCGUCCGGGGAGGCCGCUCGCCGGGGGAAGGGAAGUGAAGGAGGAGGGGGGGAGGAAAAGAAGCGCGUCUCUGCGGCGCCCCUCCGCCUCCGCACCGGCAGUAAGAUGAGGACCACAUUUACAUUCUGCUGCCUCGUCUUCCUCGUUACCGGCCGGGCGGACCGGGCGUGGGCCACCGGGAACCUCACCGUCGACGCCGAGCUGACGGCCGCCGCCGGCGGGUACAUCUCCAUCGGGGACGGCUCGUCGCGGGAGUUCGACUUCCCCGAAAACACCAACGGCGUGAUCGUGAUCUCCAGCCGGUACGGGGUCGCCGCGGCCAGCAGGCAGGGCCGCCAGAGGAGCCGGAAGCAGACGGUGUCGGUCCGCUCCCUGGACCCGGAGGUCCUCUCCGUACUCAACGUGACGGACGGCGGCGGCGGCGGCAGCUACGUCAUCAGCAUCCGCUCCGGGUUCCCGGGCCGGGCCCAGCUGCGGAUCCAGCUGCUGGACCUGGACCUGGACUCGGCGCCGGUUGUGAUCGAAGAGCGAACCGACUACGCCAUCCGGGUGGCGCCCGGCGGCGACGAUCCGGCCGCCCGGCUCGUCCAGUCCGGAGGCCUGGCCCACUUCUCCGAGAACCCCGUGCUCUUCGCCCUGCUGCCCCUCAUCUUCGUCAACAAGUGUGCGUUCGGCUGCAAGGUGGAGGUGGAGGUGCUGCGCGGCCUCCUGAAGAGCCCCGUGCCGCUGCUGCUGGGGGUGCUGGGGCAGUUCCUGGUGAUGCCCCUGUACGCCUACUGCGUGUCCCGGCUGGCCUCGCUGCCCAAAGCGCUCUCCCUGGGGCUGGUCAUCGCCUGCUCGGCCCCGGGCGGCGGCGGCGGCUACCUGUACAGCCUGCUGCUCGGCGGCGACGUCACCCUGGCCAUCUCCAUGACGCUGGUCUCCACCGUGGUGGCGGCGGCGGCCAUGCCCCUGUCGUCGGCCCUGUACGGGCGGCUCCUGGGCGUGCACGCCGCCCUGCACGUGCCCUUCGUGAAGAUCCUCGGCACCCUCCUGUUCAUCGCCAUCCCCAUCUCGCUGGGCAUGCUGGUCAAGCUGCGCCUGCCCGCCCUCACGCGCGUCCUGCUGGCCCUCAUCCGGCCCUUCAGCUUCGCGCUCAUCGUGGGCGGCAUCUUCAUGGCCUACCAGAUGGGCGCGUCCAUCCUGGCCAACGUCCGGCCCCAGAUCGUGGUGGCCGGGGUGACGGUGCCUUUGCUGGGGCUGGUGGUCGGCGGCGUCCUGGCCAAGGCGGCGGGCCUGGCCCCGCCGCUGAGGAAGACGGUCAGCAUCGAGGUGGGCGUCCAGAACAGUUUGCUGGCGCUCGCCGUCAUGCAGCUGUCCUUCCGGCGGGCCGAGGCCGACUUUGCGUCCCAGGCGCCCUUCAUCGUGGCGCUCAGCAGCACGUCGGAGAUGCUGCUCGUCGUCCUGGGCUACUACGUCCGGCGGAAGCUGUGCGGGUCCGGCGGCCCCCCGAGCGACGCCUGAUUGUAUCCGUCGUUCUUCGAAGAACUCUUUCCAACCUGUGGACAUUUUGGUGUUCGUCUUCGACCGGGACGGCGAUUGGACUUUUUUUUUUUUUCAUAUUUCUCAUGAAAACCAAAGGCCUUUUUUUCCCUCUCGAGACCCUUGUUUGUUUUACAGUAUGUGUACUUUUUAAACCCAGAUUAUACUGUGAGGUAGUCGGUGUAAAUAUUCCUACCAAAAUGAGACAUACCUAGAAAAGAUAUUUUUCUACCAGAUUACUUUUUGUAAUCAAAACGCAAAUAUUGAUUUGCAUCAUGUUUACAAGAGGUCCAUGUGUCUUAAUGGGGGGUGUUUUAGGGGUUAAGUGAAAUUAUUUGGGAUGUAAUCAAACGGGGACGUGAUGUUCUGAAAGUAUUUGCCACUGAUUGUGUCUCCCGGAUUUGCCAAUCCAUGUACUUGAACAUGAGCGAGGAGAGGUGGAGAAAAGGUAAAUAAAGCGUUGUUGAAGCGGG